UAUUAUUAUUAUUAUUAUAAUGUUAGUUGUUAUCAUUACUGUAGUGGAGCCCUUCACUCCACGCCUAUUCGCCUGCGGCCGCAGACCAUUAAACCCAAUCCCGCCCACACCCCCAGUGGGAAGUUCGAUCGCAGUUUUGAAAAACUCAGCGGGGAAUUAGAGAGCCGCAUGCCGUUCCGACAACAACAAGUCCUCUUUGGAAAUAAAUACGAUCGCAACUUUGGAGAGGAGAGUUAUGAGGAAAUGAAACAAGCCGCGCAGGAUGAUAUUCACGGCCGUGAACCCGAACGGGCUGCGGCUCGACAAGCACGGAGUUAUUUCACCGGUGAUGAUCUUUCCCCAACGGCCUUACAUGUGCAGUCCCCACGGCUGAAAGUCGCCCAACACCCACAACGACAAAAAUAUAAUAAACAAAUUUUAAAAACUUCUAAAGAGGCACCGGAGUAUUAUUAUGUGCGGGAGAAGUCUACAUGGAAACGGCGUGUGUUUGUGUGGGGAGGGACUCUUGUGGGGGUGUGGAGUGUUUGUUGGGGAAUGUAUCGUCUCUAUCUAUACAUGUUGGAAUAG